AUGGCUGAUGUUGUAUUAUGCUUAGGAACAAGUUUGCAAAUUACCCCUGCAUGCAAUUUGCCUCUAAAAUGUCUCAAGGGUGGUGGAAAGAUUGUAAUUGUAAAUCUCCAGAAAACUCCAAAGGACAAGAAAGCAAGCUUGGUGAUUCAUGGCCGUGUAGAUAAGGUGAUCACAGGAGUAAUGAACAUGCUCAAUAUGCGUAUACCUCCUUUUGUUAGGAUUGAUCUGCUCCAAAUCAUUAUAACGCAGGCUUUGAGUCUAGAUAAAAAGUAUGUCAACUGGGCCCUCAGAAUAGCAAGUGUUCAUGCAAAGCAAGCACCUUUACCGUUUGUUAAAUCUGUUGAGGUGUCCUUCUCCGAGAGUUUAAACAUGAAAGGAGCAGUCUUAGAUGACCAGCCUUUUCAGCUGAAAAGGAGGACUAUAAAGAGCGCAAAACCUUUUGAUAUUCUCUUGAAACUGAACUUGAGCGCCGGUUGCACGUGUUCGUACACUAAUAUCAAUAUCCCAGUUGACUUUGAGAUUUCAACAGACUGUCUAAUAGAAGAUAAGGACUCCAUCAUUCAGGACCUGAAAGAACGAGCGAUGAAGGAGCCAUACUAUGGACGGACAGCGGUGGUCGAAAAAUGGGCUGUUUUAGUCCCCAAAAGUGAAGUUUCAGUCCAUGCAAUUGUGACAAAUGUUAUUGAAUACGAAACUCCUUCCGAAUUUAAAGCACCCCCACCUAGUAACGGCCCACUUAAGAGGCAACAUGAAGGUCUCUUAGAUGCCGGGAUUUCUUGGAUGCGAACAAAGGCACGAAAGCGUGUUACCCGACACAGAAGGUUCGCCUGA